GUAAGUCCAUUGUCUCCAAUACUACUUACUACAACUCAGCUGUUCCUGGGAAAAUAAUUGUGAUGUUACUUUCGUUUAAACGCAAUCGUUAAUCCCGUGAAGAUAAAUGAGGAACAUAAAUUUUUCUGUUUAUAUAUCGGUCGAAUUUAUAAGUGCGCAAUUUACAAUUUAAUAGCACUUGCAGUAUAUUUCAAACCUUUAGCAUUUAUUUUUUUCAUUGAAAUUUACAUAAAGAUUAUAGGCAUCACACGAAUAAUCGUCUUUACGAAGAUGCACCACGUGACAUUUGAAUCACCACUAGAUAAAACACGAGAAUACGGAAUUUAAUUCGUGCCACUCUCCAAACGUGAACGAACUUAGAUGGCGUUUGAAAUAUAGUCAUGUGGUACAAAUAUUCAAACGGAUUCGUAUAGCGUUUAUAAAGCACAUAUAUACAACAAAAAAAUAAUUAAUAAUCAAACUUGUUGCAUUAAUUAAACUAUUACAUCUGCAAAAUUGGAUGUAAGGGAUAAGUUACUUCCUGCGUAUUUGGAUUACACAGUACGAGGUUAUACAUAGGUUACAUCAAACACUGUGAGGUACAGAUAUGGGUUUACCGAAAGUAUACUUUGACAUAACCAUAGAUGACAAGUCGUUGGGACGAAUUACUAUAGAAUUACGUCCUGACGUUGUGCCGAAGACAUCGGAAAACUUCCGUGCGUUAUGUACAGGAGAAAAAGGCUUUGGUUACAAAGGAAGUUACUUUCAUCGUGUAAUCCCCCAGUUUGUUUGUCAAGGAGGUGAUUUUACAAAUCAUAACGGCACAGGUGGAAAGUCCAUUUAUGGAGACAAGUUUGAAGACGAGAAUUUUGAACUCAAGCAUAUAGGCUAUGGCAUAUUGUCGAUGGCAAACUCUGGUCCAAAUACAAAUGGUUCACAAUUCUUUAUCACUACUGCAAAAACACCUUGGUUGGACAAUAAGCACGUUGUGUUUGGUUCUAUUGUUCAUGGAAUGGAUAUUGUGAGGAAAAUUGAAAGUUAUGGUUCACAAAGUGGUAAGACAUAUGAAAAGAUUAUGAUAUCAAAUUGUGGUCAAUUGUGUUAAACAAAUUCAUAUAUGAAUAUAUUAGUACACAUUAAUUUAGAUUUUUCUAAAUGCUCAACUAUCAAAUUUCAAUAGAAGCAUUUAAAGUUAUAUAUGUAAGAAAUAAUUAUAUAUAUUUUUAAUAAACAAACAUUUUAAAGAAA